CGUUCACGAGAGGAGAAGCGAAUGGCGGUCGUCAUCGGCGCUUCUCUUGAUCGCUGUUUUCUGGCCGGCGCUCCGGCGAAGCCUCUCAGAGAUCGCCUCCUUUUUAGGUUCUCAAAGAAGCUCCCAAUGUCUCAAUCUGCUACUACUAAUCGAGGGGUUUCUUCGAUCAGAGCGGCUUUGAUCACAAACCCUGAUGAUUUCCAGGUUGGGAGGUUCGUCGGGAGCUAUGGCUUCAUGAACAUCACAAGUUAUUCAUCAUUUCAAUCGGGAGGUUUUCAAAUUAUCAGUUCUGCUGGAUUUGCAUCUGAUGAGAUGGAGCGGUUGAGAAUUCAGGAUGUGGGAGAGGGACAAGUGAAGAUCAGGCUUUAUGAGGGUAGAGUUAUCCAAGGUCCAUUAAAGGGAACUCGGGUUAUUUUUAAGGUUUAUCCUGGACAGCGUUCUGGAGGUAUUGAAGCAGAUAUGAUGGCUGCCAAUGAGCUCAAUGCUCAUGCUUUUCUGCAAAGUGAUCCGAAAAGUAUCUGUCAGAAUAUUCAGACUUUGUUAGGAGGCUUUGAGACCAAAACUGGAGAGCAGUGGCUUGCUUUCCGUAAUGAUGGAAGUUACAGUGCUGCUGACUAUGCCAAAGUUUCCAGUGAAGUGAUAUCAAAGGAUCUUGCUAAUGGAGCACAGAAAUUAUGGAACCCUUUUGAACUGGAGCUGAAAAUUAAACGCAAAAGAUUGUUUGUUCUGAAAUUGUUUAAUGGGGCCAUUAAUGGCCUGGCAUACAUGCAUGAUCAUGAUAGACUGCACCAGAGCCUGGGUCCUGCUUCAGUUGUUCUCAACACAAUUGUGGAGAGUGAUGCAGCUUAUUUAGUCCCAAGGCUCCGUGAUUUGGCCUUCUCAGUUGAUAUUGGGCUUUCAUCUCUGGGAACAGGUCCCGGGUUGCUCUCAGAGGGCCUAUGGCAUCGAGCAUCUGCUGCAGGUGCUUCAGCUCCACUGGAGAAACGAGCUUAUGGAAUUGCUGAUGACAUAUAUGAAGCAGGACUUCUUUUUGCAUACUUGGCAUUCAUUCCAUUUUGUGAAGCGGGGGUUACUGAUGGGCUUUCCUUGCAAAGGCUCUUUGAAAGCACCUUCCAACUUGACCUUGUUGCUGCAAGAGAGUACUGCUUAGCAGAUGAUCGUUUGACAGAAGCUGUUAAGUUUCUGGAUCUCGGUGAAGGUGCUGGUUGGGAGUUACUUCAGGCCAUGCUGAGUCCUGAUUAUCGCCAAAGGCCUAUCGCAAACGCGGUUCUAAAGCACAGAUUUAUGACAGGUUCCAUCUUCUAAUUUCCAAUGUUUUUUAUUUACUCCAGUUCUCAGUUUGAAUCGGCAGUUAUCUAUGCAUGAGUAAUACUGAUUUCCUUAUCAAUUAUCUUGCAUUAUGCAAAGGAUUGAUAUUGUCAUUCCUCCUUGUUGUUCUUGAUAUAUAUAAUUUUUGUUUUGCUAUCUCUAAUAUGUACAAUCGUUUGGUUCUGGUUGCUCAUAUUUCUCUGUUGUACUACUU